GUUGUAGUAGGCACAUCAGUUGAGUUACAUAUCUCAGAUUGUAUCUGUCUUUAAUGUGCUAUUAAUCUUCACACAAUGGAAACUAUACUUUUAUCAACAAGAUUUAAAGUCCAGAUGGUCUGUAUUUCUUUCAGUAUGUUUUUUGUCAUGGUGAUGACCUCAGACAGUGUUGGUGAAACCAUUGUAAGCAGCAGAUGUGAGCCGGUCCGGGUGCCCAUGUGCCAGGGUUUGGUUCAGUACAAUGCCACCAAGCUGCCCAAUAAGUUUGGGCACACAACUCAGAGUCAGGUGUACUGGGCUCUGCAGCCGUGGUGGCCAUUUGUUGACGCUGGGUGCUCUGACAAUCUGAGGAACUUCCUCUGCAGCCUCUAUCUACCAAAAUGUGUCGGAGAUGACCAGGAGCCCCACUACCCCUGUGUUGAAACAUGCAAAAAAGCCAAAGUGAAGUGUAAGAAGCUAAUGAGACUGCAGAACACAAAGUGGGGCAAAGACUUCAAGUGUGCCAAGCUGCUGCCCAAGGAUUCCCACAGGUGCAUCAAGCCAGAAAGAGAAGGCAAAAAGAAACAAAACAAGGAGCAAGUGUUGUGCCAAAAAAACCCUCUGCCCAUGUGUCAGGGCAUACCACUCCCUUUGGGUUCUUUACCCAAUAUCUUUUUGCAGGUGAAGCAUCGAAUUGUGUCAUUAUAAUUGGAUUUAUUACUGACUCUCUUAGUUUUACAACUUUGUUUAAAAGAUGCUGAGUGUGCUGAUGGUGUGUGUAAAAGAUAUUUUUAUUUUCCAGUUAGCAAUAAGCUUUAUAAGACUACUUCUUGCCACCCACAGGGCGAUCCCAAUGAGAUAGCACAAGAGAUGAGACAGUACCAAUCACUUGUGGACAGUGGCUGCUCCAAGAAGUUACAGGUAUUCCUGUGUGGUGUUUACAUGCCCUACUGUGUGGAUGGCCAGCCGGGCCAGACUGAUGCCAGCCGUGAACACAAGAACCUGGUCAACAAAAUACCCUUUGUGCUGCCAUGUAAAGAGCUGUGUCAGGUAAGUUGCUCUUACAGCAUCAGUCAGAAAUCAUAUACUAAUACAUAAUACAUUUUGAAUUAUUUUAUAAGGUAAAAUAUAAUUGAAAAGUAAAAUAUAGCCUUUUCAGGUUUUUAAAAAAAAAACAAUAUGCUUGAGCCAUUUGACCUAUACAUAAUACAUAACAUGCGUACAAAAAAGAAUGGUUAAUUUUAACAACAGGGGCCUUGUCAUAUUUUAAGCUCAGAUAUUAAAAUGGAUUUAACAGCCUUUGAGCUUAGUUUAUUUUUCAAAAAUGACGUUUGCCAGAUAAUUUGUAAGUAUAUAAGCUACAAUAGGAAGAUGAAAGAAAAUCAAGGAGGAUAAAAUGCUCAUCCAUCCCAUCUUAUUUUCAGGAGGUUUAUGAUCAGUGUAGUGGAGAAUAUCAACAAAGGACUCAUGGUCUCCCCUGGCCAGCAAAAUUCCACUGUCACAGAUUCUCUGCAUAUGCAGACCGCUACCCAAGUAACACAACCACCACUCCUCCCGGUGGUGAUGACGAGAAGGGGCCUUACGUACCUUGCACAAUGCCACCUUUCAACAUCAAAGAAAAUUAACUCCUCCCCUAUAUGUAGAAUUUACAUGCUUGUGUUAUUUUUAAACGCUCAACUUUUGUAUUUUGUAUUUUUUUUUCAAUCUAUUUCACCAGCAUUCUAUAGACAAUAAAACCUGAAGUAAAUAGAGCUUUCUAUUCGAAUAUGUACUUCUUAAGGUACCCAGAAAAUUAUAUUAUAAAAAAUAUAUUUUGUCCUUCAAAUAAUGUAAUUGAGACUUGAAUGUGCAACACAAAAAAGGCUGAUAAGAUAAACAACACCAUGUGAUUAUGCUGUGCUUUACUGGAGAAACUAUAGUAAGAUCUAAAAGUGUCAUAGAGGAAGUAAAAAAAAACAUUUUGAAGAAUGGUUUAACAGGGCAAUUGUACAUGGUUAAUACCUUUUAGAAACAGUAACAAACCAGGAAAUAUUAUUAACUGACAAUGACAUGAGCUUGUGAUGUCAAGUAACAGAGCUUCAUGUCAAAUUAAUUUCUUACUUUAAGCAACAAGAUGUUUCCCCAUACGUUAAAAUUGAAUUAAGCUUUUAGGCUGAAGAAUUUUAAAUAAAAGAUACAAUCUUGAACACUAAUUCAUUAAAUAAUUUAUUUUUUAACUUAUCAGGUAAAGAGGCUAUCAAAACAGUGUGAUCUAAUUACAAUUGGCCACAUUUUAACUCAAAAUGCCCCCCAGGCACUUGGGGAUUGGCAAAGGGGAUUUCACUGAUAGCUACUGGCAGAUAUUUUUAUGUAAAAGUUUCUUAAAGCACACAGAUUAAAUUGAAUGUCACGCACGACUCAGAUUAUUUUUGGGGUGCUUUUAUCUAUUGUAUUAAAUGACUGCAUCUUUCAAUUAAAAAAAUAAUUCACAAACAGAUUUUCAGCCUUAAAAGUAUAUUG